AGUCGGGGGCUGCUGUCUGCGAAUUCUUUUUGAAAGCCGCCUGUGGCAAAGGGGGCAUGUGCCCAUUCCGCCACAUCAGUGGUGAGAAGACAGUCGUGUGCAAACACUGGCUUCGGGGACUGUGCAAGAAAGGGGACCAGUGCGAGUUCCUGCACGAGUAUGACAUGACUAAGAUGCCCGAGUGCUACUUCUACUCCAAGUUUGGAGAGUGCAGCAACAAGGAGUGCCCCUUCCUACACAUCGACCCUGAGUCCAAGAUCAAGGACUGUCCAUGGUACGACCGCGGCUUCUGCAAACAUGGUCCCCUGUGCAGGCACCGGCACACACGGAGAGUCAUCUGUGUAAAUUACCUCGUGGGAUUCUGCCCGGAAGGGCCCUCAUGUAAAUUCAUGCACCCUCGAUUUGAACUGCCAAUGGGAACCACUGAGCAACCCCCACUGCCGCAGCAGACACAGCCUCCAGCAAAGCAAAGUAACAAUCCGCCAUUACAAAGGUCGUCCUCCUUGAUCCAGUUAACGAGUCAGAACUCUUCUCCCAAUCAGCAGAGAGUCCCGCAGGUCAUCGGGGUCAUGCAGAGUCAAAACAGCAGUGCAGGCAACCGGGGACCUCGGCCGCUGGAGCAGGUCACUUGUUACAAGUGUGGUGAAAAAGGACACUAUGCCAACAGAUGUACCAAAGGGCACUUGGCCUUUCUCAGUGGACAGUGACAGCAGCUGGAGCGAGCUCAGAGCAGCUGGAGGGGCCCUGCUGUUGGGCAUGUGCAUUCCACUGCUCAGUGCAGUGGUGCAACUACGGCUCAAGCUGGGAAGCAAAAAUGCUGGGCUUCAUCGUUCAAGGGGCUGCAUCUGUUAGUUUCCUAUCAUUUUGCUGUA